UGCCUUAUUUGCAACGUGAGGUUUAUUUGAUCGAAUAUAAGUUCCACUAAUCCAAAGAAAGGAUAGUUGGAAGCUAAACAGCCCGCACUGCCGCUUUGUGGACAACAACUCCCAUUUUGGGGCGGAAAGACAUGUAUUUUGUCAAUAUAUGCAUAUAUUGCCCCAAUGCAUUGUAAACAGGAAACACAACCUCCUCAUGACCUUCUUCGAUCUGAAAACGUAGCGGCAGCUCUCCCUAGCGGUUAGCAAGCAGUUAGCAGCGACGGGAGUGGAGAUUGAGAAGUGAAAAGACAGGAAGGCCGUGGUACAUCGGGGUCUCCUAUACUAGAUCUGCAGUGGCUCCGGCCGGGUAUGACAGCUUCUAGCUAUCGUCUUUGUAUGGACAUGUAAAUAGCUGUUUUUGAAAGUAGAUGUGCGCUGUGCCUUCGAGAUGAGUGUGAAGGCAUUUGCGCUGGUCCCUGCCGUGGAGCAGGAGCUCCUGAUGGGAGACAAGGCCCGCAUCAACAUUGAGUGCAUCGAGUGCUGCGGCAAGCACCUGUACGUGGGCACCAACGACUGCUUCAUACAUCACUUCCUGCUCGAGGAGCACGCCACGACCAAGGGGAUGCUAUCCUACACCGUCCAGAAGCUGCUGUUCAAGUACCUGGGCCUGAAAAAGCCCGUGGAGGCCCUGAAGGCCGCGUCAGCGUUAGAACGCAUCAUUGUGCUCUGUGAUGCUACAGUUAGUGUUAUUGACAUGAUCACCUUAGAACCCGUGCCUUCGGGCGGGGCCAAGAUCAAGGGCGUGGCCGCGUUCUGCGUCAACGAGAACCCGGUGACCGGGGACCCGUUCUGCGUGGAGAUCGGGGUGCUCUCGGCCCGGCGGCGCACCGUACAGAUAUACAUGGUUUACGAGGACAGGGUGCAGCUGGUGAAAGAGGUCAACACGCCGGAGCAGCCGUGUGCGGUCAGUCUGGACGGUUACUUCCUGUGCCUGGCCCUCUCCACGCAGUACAUGAUCCUUAACUACAGCACAGGGGCCGCGCAGGACCUGUUCCCCUAUGACAGCGAGGAGAGGAAGCCCAUAGUCAAGAGGAUCGGCAGGGAGGAGUUCCUCUUGGCUGCCCCUGGUGGCCUGGGUAUGUUUGCCAAUGCAGAGGGUAUAUCCCAGCGUGCUCCAGUGAACUGGUCAGAGAGUGUGAUGGGAGCGGCUGUGUGUUUUCCCUAUGUGGUGGCGCUAGACGAGGGCUUCGUCACCAUCCACAGUAUGCUGGACCAGCAGCUCAAACAGACCCUCUCCUUCAGAGACGGACACAUCCUACAGGACUUUGAAGGUAAGGUGGUUCUGGCCUCCACUAAGGCUGUGUACGUGCUGGUGCCCCUACCCCUGGAGAGACAGAUUCAGGAGCUGCUAGCUGGACACAGAGUGGAGGAGGCCCUGGCUCUGACUGAGGGAGCCAGGAGGAACAUUCCCAAAGACAAGUUCCAGAUAUUGCACAAAAGAAUCCUCCAGCAAGCAGGUUUCAUACAGUUCGGACGGCUUCAGUUUCCCGAAGCGAAAGAACACUUCCUGACAGGUCAGUUGGACGUCCGGGAGUUGAUCUCCCUCUACCCUCUCCUCCUCCCGGCCUCCUCCUCCUUCGCCCGAAGCCACCCGCCGCUCCACGGGUUCGCCGACCUCAACCACCUGGCGCAGGGGGACCAGGACAAGGUCCAGAGGUGCAAGAGGUUCCUCAUCACGUACCUGGGUGAGGUGCGAAGCACGGAGGGGGCUAACGGCUGCCGGGAGGACGUGGACACGGCUCUGUUGAAGCUGUACGCUGAGCAGGACCACGAGAGUCUUCUGGACCUGCUGGCCUCCCCCAACGCCUGUUUACUGGCAGACAGCGCCCCCUGGCUAGAGAAACACCACAAGUAUUUUGCACUUGGCCUCCUCUACCAUUAUAACGGACAGGAUUCAGCUGCUCUACAGUUGUGGGUGCGGGUGGUGAACGGGGACCUUCAGGACUCUACCAGGUCUGACCUGUAUGAGUACAUUGUGGACUUCCUGGGGUUCUGUUCCAACCCGGACCUGGUGUGGAAAUAUGCGGACUGGGCCCUGCAGAGAGACCAGACGAUAGGGGUGCAGAUCUUCACCAGGAGGCCGGUGGGUCAGGACCAGGUUAAGGAGCAGAAGGACCAGGUGAACCCAGACGACGUCAUCACGUACCUGGGGAAACACAGCCAGGCUCUGCUGCUCUACCUGGAACACCUGGUGCUGGGCCAACGGAUACAGAGAGAGAAGCUCCACACCCACCUGGCAGUGCAGUACACAGACAGAGUCCUGUCUCUCCUGUCUCAGUCCCCCCCAGUGGACCAACAGGUGUCAGUAGCCCGGGACAAACUCCAGCUCCUCCUCAGGGAGUCCAGCCUGUACCGCGUCCAACUACUACUGGGUAAGAUCCAGGAAUGUGACCAGUUGUUUCUGGAGAGAGCCACGCUCCACGGGAAACUAGAGGAGCACGAUAAGGCGUUCCACAUCCUGGUGCACCAGCUCAAAGACUUCCCCGCUGCGAGGCCUACUGUGUGUGGGGUUCCGCCUCCCCGGGACCCGGCCUACCAGCAGAGCCUCUUCCACCUCCUCCUGGGGGUCUAUCUGGACCGGGACCUUCCCAGUAGUAGCGGCACCGGGGAGCUGGAGAUGGCAGCGGUGGACCUGUUGAACCGUCAUGGCGAGGUGUUCGACGCCGUGCGCGUGCUGGACCUGCUUCCUGAAGGCUGGUCCCUGCAGCUGCUUCGCCCGUUCCUCGGACGCGCCCUGCGGGGGAGUAUGCACGCCUGCCGCACCUCCCAGGUUGCACUGGGGCUGGCGAAGUCAGAGAACCUGCAGCUGCAGCACGACAGGUUGAAGCAGAGGAGGAGCCCAGUCCUGGUAUCACAGAAGAAGGGGUGUGUUCUGUGCCACAACACCUUCAGCGAGCCGGACUGUGUGUGUCUUCCGGGAGGCGUGCCCGUACACACACACUGUGCCGCCCAGAGGGUGGUACGAGACUCGCCCACCAGGAGACAACUAGCCAAUAGCAACAACCACACAUGAAGCCCCUUGACCACCAUCACCACCCAAGCCUCGCCCAGAGCCAGUGUGACGGGAGGAGCCUAGCAGCAGCCUGGGCUGUGAUUGGUUGCGUCUGGGGGGGGGGUCACAUCAGAUGAUGACUAUGGGGGAUAAAAGCACAGAGGUUACCAUGGCUACCGUGGUCCAGCGUAGUGGGAGCAGUCCUGGAGCAUACUCAGAAACACAGAGCUGACCAUACUUCUCGUGUGUGUGUGUGUGUGUGCUCGUCCAUUUGUGAGUGAAGGAAGGAAGGUAUUUUCUCCAGUGCCACCAUUCAUAAACAACAGGGAGACUGAUGACCGACUGAGUUGUGAAUGAAGUUCUACAACAAGAACUUAACUCCACAUCCAUCCAUAAUGACUUUAAUAUUGAAGUGAAACCUACAGUCUGUCCUGGUCCUCUGUUAUGUCUGUCCUGGUCUAGAGCUGAACCCCUCCUCUGUUAUGUCUGUCCUGGUCUAGAGCUGAACCCCUCCUCUGUUAUGUAUGUCCUGGUCUAGAGCUGAACCCCUCCUCUGUUAUGUCUGUCCUGGUCUAGAGCUGAACCCCUCCUCUGCUCUGUCCUGGUCUAGAGCUGAACCCCUCCUCUGCUAUGUCUGUCCUGGUCUAGAGCUGAAUCCCUCCUCUGCUAUGUCUGUCCUGGUCCAGAGCUGAACCCCUCCUCUGUUAUGUCUGUCCUGGUCUAGAGCUGAAUCCCUCCUCUGCUAUGUAUGUCCUGGUCCAGAGCUGAACCCCUCCUCUGUUAUGUCUGUCCUGGUCUAGAGCUGAACCCCUCCUCUGUUAUGUAUGUCCUGGUCUAGAGCUGAACCCCUCCUCUGUUAUGUAUGUCCUGGUCUAGAGCUGAACCCCUCCUCUGUUAUGUCUGGCCUGGUCUAGAGCUGAACCCCUCCUCUGUUAUGUCUGGCCUGGUCUAGAGCUGAACCCCUCCUCUGUUAUGUAUGUCCUGGUCUAGAGCUGAACCCCUCCUCUGUUAUGUAUGUCCUGGUCUAGAGCUGAACCCCUCCUCUGUUAUGUCUGUCCUGGUCCAGUGCUGAACCCCUCCUCUGCUAUGUCUGUCCUGGUCCAGAGCUGAACCCCUCCUCUGUUAUGUCUGUCCUGGUCUAGAGCUGAACCCCUCCUCUGUUAUGUCUGUCCUGGUCCAGAGCUGAACCCCUCCUCUGUUAUGUCUGUCCUGGUCUAGAGCUGAACCCCUCCUCUGUUAUGUCUGUCCUGGUCUAGACCUGAACCCCUCCUCUGUUAUGUCUGUCCUGGUCUAGAGCUGAACCCCUCCUCUGUUAUGUCUGUCCUGGUCUAGAGCUGAACCCCUCCUCUGUUAUGUAUGUCCAGGCCCAAACCUGAGAUGAGCUUGAGUCUAUCCCUGGCGAGGGUCUUACUGCAGAACACAGUGCAAGCAGACCAGUUAGACAUCUCCUCCUUCACUACAGUGGCUCCUCUCUGCUGCUGCUGGUAUCUGAGACUGAACUUGAAGACGAUGAUUCCCCAGUGAGGCUGUGUUCACAGCCAGGAGAGUUCCUAAUUGUUGCUAAAUGUUCUGCUGUGUUGCACACACUCUCUCUCACCCCUCCAACCUGCUCCCCUACCCGAACAUUGUGUCCACACUACUUAAGAACUUUCUCUCUGCCUUCAAGCAAAAAACAAAAAAAACAAUGGUUUGGUUUUUACUUUGCUAACCAGGGUGGGGUUGAAACAUCCAGCUAACCUGAUGAUAGCUGGUUUCAGCUCAGACCAGGGCUGUAUUCAUUAGGCACCAAACUGAAGUAAACAUGAUAGGGACUCGCUGAGCCAUCUCGAAAAAAACAAACUUGUUUUCCUUUUCCACUGCGAAACAUUUUGUUUCGUUGUUCCCUGAUGAACAUGACCCCAGCUCUAUGGGAUGUGAAAUGCUAAAACACUGAACAGACGAAUUGGCUAAUGUUUCACUAACCAAUGCAAACGUUUAACCUGAUCCCAGAUCUGUUCGUGCUCAUGCCAACUUCAUGGCUAUUAGUCAAGCCAAUUAUUUUUGGCAUGACUGUGAGUGACAAGGAGUUGUCAUGGUGACCCAAACAGACUGGCACUCAUGCUAAGCUUGGUUCUAUUUAUAGAGUUUUGUAUCUGUCCCAUUAUGGCAUCAGUGACAGCAUGAGCAGCACCAUUGAGGCUAUCACCAUUUUAAAGUAGUACAUUUUCUUCUUCUUUUUUUUAUGUUUGAAAAAGUGUAUCGCUAAUAUUAGUGAUUUACCUCCACCUGCAUUGCCCGGAGUCUUGAACCAAAUCUUGUCAUUCAUUUGUUGUGGCCACUACAAGGCUUUGAUAUAGCUUAAAGCCAUUUACAAAACUAAGCAAACCAAUUUGAAGAAGACAAUGCUCUGAUCAUUGACCGAUCGCGCCCAACUCAUAGGAAUCGCUGUCCAGUUGACUACUUUUUAAAAUGGUGGAAAGCGCUCCGUGGCAAAGUCCCAUGCAAAUAGUGUUAUUUCCAAGUCCUGAUCUCUCUUUCCAUCUCUAUGGUCCCAGUUCAUGUCGAUCAGUGAACAACAUGAUUGUGGGUCGAACAAAGCAAGAAAUCAGCCUUUUGUAUGAACACAUGGAUUCACAGGGAAUCCUUCAAUUAUGCAAAUUUAGCCGGUAAAAUCUCGUUAGUGUUUGUGCCGCCGCGGUAAAACCAGAUGAGCGUUUUGUGAACAGGACAAAAGGGAAAACGCAUCGCAAUGCAGUCUUUGUUUGUUUAAACGCUUUCGUUGUGUUGUUCUCACCCUGCUUGUAAGGUUUAGAGCAAACUGAUUUAUCGGUCAAAAAUACUAUUUUGACUUUUUAAAAUGUGUGAAAUGUCAAACUUUUUGAUGGAUUUUGCAAUAGACCAUUUGAUGAGCACAGA